CCGGACGUCACUCUCCUACAUUCUCUUUCCCUGUGUCAGUACAGGGAUCAUUUUUUUCCUUCCUCUACUCCCUCCCUCUGCCUGCCCCUCCCUCCCUGUCUCCCUUCCCUCCCUCCCUCCCCUCUCGACUGGGUCGGUCCGCUGAGGUGCCGGAUCCCCUCACUGCUGGGACGCGCCGAACUCCCAGCAGGAGUCCGCUCUUUGGAGCCUGGUCCCUCCCUUCCCCUUCCCUGCCCCCUUCCCCCACCCCCGACGCGGGCUCCGCGCAGCGGCCAGAGGAACCCCGAGGGACUCCAUGUCAAGUUCAUGCAAAGGCCCAGUUUUGGAUGUGCCUAGAAGCUCUGGGUAAGAUCUGAGGUCUUCGAGGAAUCGUGGACACAGCAUGAGCAGCUGGAGGAAUGGAGAACUCCUCGGCAGCAUCGGCUUCCUCUGAGGCGGGAAGCAGCCGCUCCCAGGAGAUCGAGGAGCUGGAGCGCUUCAUUGACAGCUACGUGCUGGAGUACCAGGUGCAGGGGCUGCUGACGGACAAGACAGAGGGUGAAGGCGAGAGCCAGAGGACACAGUCCCAUAUCUCCCAGUGGACUGCUGACUGCAGAGAGCAGCUAGAUGGUAGCUGUUCCUUCUCCAGAGGGCGAGCUCCACCACAGCAGAAUGGCAGCAAAGACAACUCCCUGGACGUGCUGGGCACAGAUAUCUGGGCCGCCAACACCUUUGAUUCCUUCAGUGGUGCCACCUGGGACCUGCAACCUGAAAAGCUGGACUUCACCCAGUUUCAUCGGAAGGUCCGCCACACACCCAAGCAGUCCCUGCCACACAUCGACAGAGAAGGGUGUGGCAAGGGGAAGAUGGAAGAUGGAAAUGGUAUCAGCCUGAACGACAUCGAGAAGGUCCUCCCGACCUGGCAGGGCUACCAUCCGAUGCCCCACGAGGUAGAGAUUGCCCACACCAAGAAGUUGUUCCGGAGGAGGAGAAACGACCGAAGACGGCAGCAAAGACCUCCAGGAGGGAACAAGCCCCAACAGCAUGGUGACCAUCAGCCAGGCAGUGCCAAACACAACAGGGACCACCAGAAAUCUUACCAGGGGGGCUCAGGGCCCCACCCCUCAGGGAGGCCCACACACCACGGCUACAGCCAGAACCGACGCUGGCAUCACGGCAACAUGAAGCAUCCGCCAGGAGACAAGGGAGAAGCGGGCAGCCACCGCAACGCCAAAGAGACCGUGACCGUUGAGAACCCCAAACUUGAAGACGGCCCAGGGGACACCGGACACAGUGGCCUUGAGCCCCCCUGCAGCCCUGACACUCUGACCCCAACAGCUUCCGAGAGGCCAACCCCUCAGCUGCCAGGGGGUUCAGAGGCUGAGACAAAGCAAAAAGACACUGCUCUUCCCGAGCGUCUUGGGGAGCGGCCCAAAAUCACCCUGCUCCAGUCUUCCAAAGACAGGCUGAGGCGAAGGCUGAAAGAAAAGGACGAAGUAGCAGUAGAGGCCAGCAACCCUCAGCCAAACAAGAUGGACAGGCUGACGGAGAUCCUGAACAGCAUGAGGAAUAACAGCAGUGACGUGGACGCCAAGCUCACCUCCUUCAUGGAGGAAGCGCAGAACUCCACCAACUCCGAGGAGAUGCUGGGAGAGAUCGUGCGGACCAUCUACCAGAAGGCCGUGUCAGACCGCAGCUUCGCCUUCACGGCCGCCAAGCUCUGCGACAAGAUGGCCCUCUUCAUGGUCGAGGGGACCAAGUUCCGGAGCCUGCUCCUCAACAUGCUCCAGAAGGACUUCACUGUGCGUGAGGAGCUACAGCAACAGGAUGUGGAGCGCUGGCUGGGCUUCAUCACCUUCCUGUGUGAGGUGUUUGGCACCAUGCGGAGCAGCACUGGCGAGCCCUUCCGAGUGCUGGUGUGCCCCAUCUACACGUGCCUCAGGGAGCUCUUGCAGUCUCAGGAUGUGAAGGAAGACGCUGUCCUCUGCUGCUCCAUGGAGCUGCAAAGCACAGGCCGGCUACUAGAGGAGCAGCUGCCGGAGAUGAUGACGGAGCUCCUAGCCAGCGCGCGAGAUAAGAUGCUGUGCCCCUCAGAGUCCAUGCUAACACGCUCCCUGCUCCUGGAGGUCAUCGAGCUCCACGCCAAUAGCUGGAACCCUCUGACGCCCCCCAUCACGCAGUACUACAACAGGACCAUCCAGAAACUGACAGCCUGACAGCCGAGGGGGCCUGGCGGGCAGCCCAUGGGCAGCUGGGGCCCUGGUGCACAGGGCCAGAUGGACAGGCGAAAGGACAGGGGUGGCCCUGGCGGGAAAGAGACCUGAGCAAGGAGGCAGGUAGCAACGGGGGCCAGUGUGGAGCCGGCGGAGGAGGGGAUCGGGUCCCUCGGAAGGGCUCCCCGUGCAGCCCCCCAGCCUGCGCACGUGGCAGCUCACGCCAAGGGAAGCAUGUCUCUUUGUCCUGGUGGUCACCCGCCCUUGCUCUCCUCUCCUCAGCUCUAGUCCUCCCCGCCCCCUCCCUUCCAACCCAUCCCCCAUAGAGCUUUAUGGGAGGAAUCUCUGCCUCCCCUCACUGUCUACAGCUGCCUCUCAGCCUCCCACACCUCUGGCCACCGCUUGGGUCAGCCAGGACUGCUGAAGGCUGAAAAAGUGGGUCGAGACGGCUCUCAUUGUUCCCACGUGCUGUCAGCCACAGUCGCCAACUGGCAGCAGGCAACGUGUAGCAGAUGUCUGGGAGGACAAAGGCAGGCACGGUCCCCACCAGCCGCCCAUAAUUGAUGGCCUUUGUCAGCCCCAGCGGAGCUGGAGAGAGGCUUUUUUUCCCCCUCUAACCUCCGUGCUCCACCCUCCACCCUCCACCCUCCUAACUUCAAUUCCUCCAACCCCUCAGCCUCCAGCCCCAGGGCCUGCUGCUCCCCCAGGCAGAGAAGGGAGUUGGGGCUCACGGCCCAGCUUGCACCCUUUUAUUUUGUUUUUCAGAAGUUGAUUGCUUUGAAGUCUCUUUUGCUCAAUGAAAAUUACCUAGAUUUUUUGCGAUCACAUAGUUAUCCCCUCAAGGAUCCCCUGAUUAGUGGGAGAUCAAACCCUGCCCCCCCUGGAAAGAAUCUAGCCACUAGCGGCUUGCUGGUAGCCAGCUAGCAAUUGGAAACUUCUGCCCCAAUGGGGAUCCCCACUGGAAUCCUGUGUUCCUGGGCCCCUGUCCUGCAGUGCCUCUGUUCUGUCCACUGCUAGCUUCCAAAGGGCUGAUACUGUCCCCUGGACUGACUGCCUUAGGACCUGCCCUGGCCCCCUGUUAUGGCCAACGGGGGGCCAGGAACGAGGCUGGCAAAUUAAAACCAAAUGCAGGUCUUGUUCCAAGCAACUGUUGGAAGAAGAGCCCACUGCUGACUCCACGGGUCUUGGCGCCUCCUUCAUGAGCCCUUGCCUCAUCCCAAGCAAGACCCACAAGCCCUACCUCCAAGGCUGCUGGGGAGAGGGGAAACCAUUGGGUCCUGACUGGGGCAGUUUGGUAGGCGACCAGGCAGACAGCCAAAUGAAGUUCUUCAGGCUAGAAACGAUACUCCAGUUUCUUGGGAGGCUCUGGUCCCAGGGAACAACCGCUUCUAUAAUGGCUAGGGGGGAGCAUGAGGGGGUCCAAGAGGCUGGUCUUGCUGGGAUGACUGGCGGCUCUUCCAUCUCAUCUCUGGGAAGCUGGAACCCAUACUUUGAUGAUCCCCCCAGAACAUCACUGGACCUGGUCAUAUCUAGACCAUGGUGGGGGUGCUUAAUCAGUGGUUCUCAACCUGUGGGUCGUGACCCCUGUGGGGAAUCAAAAAAACCCUUUCACAAGGGCCACAUAUCAGAUAUCCUGCAUAUCCGUUAUUCCCGAUUCGUAACAGUAGCAAAUUACAAUUAUGAAGUAGCAAUGAAAAUAACUCUAUGGUUGGGGGUAACCAGGGCAUGAGGAAAAAGCAGGAGUAUUAAAGGGUUGCAGCAUCGGGAAGGUUGAGAACCACUGCUCUCCAGGCCUCCUAGUUGAGUUCAGGCUGGCUAGAGUGAAAAGGAGGGACACUUUCUCCUAAUCGUCCCAAAUCUAGAAGAGUAGAAAGGGACACGGGUGGGGGAGGGAGAGUUCCCGAGUUCUCUCUGGCUGUCUCCAACUGAAGUGUUCAGGUCCCAGGAUGAGUCCUCUGAAGAGGGCUGCUGGGAAUAAGGUAUAGAGAUCGUGGCCGCCCCAGCUUUGAUCUCCUUCCUCUUCCUCUCCUCCUUUCUGUCCUUCUUUUCUCUGCUUCUUGCUGCCUUGUCUCACAUCCCAGCCCUUAGGCUGAGCCUGGAGCUCAGGGACGCUAUAAGCCCCACAGGAGGUGUUGAGGGAAGAGCAGGGCAGAUAGAAGGCCCAGCGAAGACACCAGGGAAACCAUGAACUUGUGUAGAGUUGGGCACCUGCUCCCUGCGGCCUGAGGGAGCCACAGGUGUGCUUGCAUAGGCCUGCUUCCCAGGUGUCUGUAGGGUGGUGUGAGCAUGUGUGUGAGCGUGUGUGUGUGAGCGUGUGUGUGUGUGAGCGUGUGUGUGUGUGUGAGCGUGUGUGUGAGCAUGUGUGUGAGCGUGUGUGUGUGUGUGAGCAUGUGUGUGUGUGAGCGUGUGUGUGUGAGCAUGUGUGUGUGUGUGUGUAUGUGUUCCUGUAUGCACAUUUGCAUCUGCUAAGAGUGAAGCAGGACCAUGAGGAAGAAAGAGGCUGAUGAUGACGACACAAGCCACAGUAGAGAGGUCUCCUAGACUCCUCACUGGGCUCAAGAGUAGGCUACACACAGUGGCUCCCAAACACUGUGUAGGGGGUUAGUGUCCCGUAAAGAGGCGGAGACCAUGGCUUUGUGGGCACCGUGGGCCCAACGCAGCUCCUUCUUAAUGUCCGAUUGGGGGAUGGGGGUGUCUUGCCUCAAGAGCAGCCCCUCCAAGGGCCUUGAGGACCAGUAUGAAGAUGCAAGAUAUAAAUAUGUAUACAUAUAUAAAUAUAUUUUUAAUUACGUGUUGUGUCCCUGUGGCUCCAGACUUGCAGUUUGCCGAGUGUAUUCCAUUGCUUGAAACCACUUCCUGGUCCAUCCUAAUACGACACUUCCAGCUGUCUGUCUGUCUGUCUGUCUGCUUUAAACGCAGAUCCCUGCUACUUUUUCAGACAUGGAAGGAGAAAAAAAAAACUUUUUUUAAUUUAAUUUUAUUUUUUAAAGGGACAACAGUAAAGCCUAUAAUCUAAAAGGCUGAGCGCCUUCCUGUGGGGGAACUCCUCAAGCAGGAAGUAGGGGCGUUGCAGGUACCCACAGACCCUGACCUCCCCAGGCCAGAGGCUCUCCCGCUGCCAGAGGGACGGCCUAUCAAAGCCGCCUCUGAAUGGAUGAACAGGAGGCGAAGCCUCUCCCAAACUGUGGUGUCCUGCUGGCCAUGGCGAUCUCAUAUUGAGCCUUUUUAGGCUCCCCUACCUGUCAGGACAAGUUGGUCCUUGUUUUCUACUCAAGUGGCCUGCAGGUCACUGUUCUCCUCAUGAACUGGCCGUAUUGCCUAAGCUCUGAGACCACAGUUCCUGCAGGGCUCUGGCCCUCCCCUGGACAGGGCCAGGACCCCCCACCAUCAACCACCACGGCGAACCUCUUCCUCCCCAAAACCAUCUUCAUCUGCGUAUCCUUCCCAUCCAGUCUGUAAACUUCUACGGUUUGGGGGAUCAUCUUGUCCAUUUGUGUAAAUGUAAAUGUUGACCCGAUUGGUAUUUAUUCUAAUUUUUAUUGUAUUUUAUUUUAUUUUAUUUUGUCUGAGGGGUGGGGGGUGGGAAGUAUACCACUGGUUGCAACCAGGGCAGCUGCAGGUUUGGAUCCCAGGCAGCCCAGGAAGCAAGAGAAGCAGCUCCCGGAGGUCACUCUAGAUGGCAGCCUCUGGGUAGCCACAUCCUAGGUUGUUACCUGGAACCAGAAGCCAGACAGUGUUCCUUGUCCCACCCACUCAGGCCUGCCCGUGGCCUGAUGUCCCCUCAACUGCCUGGCACUGUGUUGGAAAACCUCUGACUGGGUCUUUGAGGAGGUGGGUUGGAGAGAAUGGAAAUUCUCCUCUGCUCAGGACACUUGCUCCAGAAGAUCCAUCUGGAGCCUCACCUGAGCCAGCUGGGAGCCUGACAACAGGACCUACCUCCCUGGAGCAGGGUCUGGAGAUUGCCGCCAAAGCUAUGGGCCAAUCCUGCUCGCACCGUCCCCUUCCCUCUACCCGUAUAUCCUGCUUCCCAGCUGAACCCAAACUACAAGUGGGUUUAAGAAAAAAAAUAAAUGAUACCAAACACCAAA